AUGGAUCUCCUCGUGCCAUUAGUAGCAGGUCAACUGCUGCGUAUUACCCACUACACUGUUGGUCUUGGUCUUGUGUCGAUCGUCCUCAAUGUGAUCAACCAGCUCGUCUUCUACAACAAAAAGGAACCACCUGUGGUCUUCCACUGGGUUCCUUUCAUUGGAAGUACAAUUGCAUACGGCAUGGACCCGUAUCAAUUCUUUUUUGCUUCUCGUGCGAAGUACGGCGACAUUUUCACAUUUAUUCUCCUAGGCAAGAAGACUACGGUCUACCUUGGUGUUGAAGGCAAUGAGUUUAUUCUCAAUGGAAAGCUUAAGGACGUAAAUGCCGAAGAAAUCUAUGGCAAGCUCACAACGCCUGUCUUCGGAUCGGACGUUGUCUACGACUGUCCCAAUUCCAAACUAAUGGAGCAAAAGAAGUUUAUUAAGCACGGCCUGAGCACCGCAGCUCUAGAAUCUUACGUCCCCCUGAUUGCCGAUGAAACAAGCGCCUACAUAAAAACAUCCCCAAAUUUCAAGGGGAAGUCUGGUACUAUUGAUCUUACAGCUGCCAUGGCCGAAAUCACCUUGUUCACAGCAGCCCGCACACUGCAAGGUGACGAGGUACGCUCAAAACUCACCUCCGAGUUUGCAGAGCUCCUUCACGACCUCGAUUUGGGCUUCACACCAAUAAACUUCAUGCUCCCAUGGGCUCCUCUACCGCAAAACCGGAAGCGAGAUCUUGCCCAUGCAAAAAUGCGUGAGAUAUAUCUAGGGAUCAUCCAAAGACGGCGGGAAGGUCUGUCUGAGGUCGAGGGCAACGGAACCAAUAAACAGAAAGACACAGAAGGCACAGACAUGAUUCUGAAUCUCAUGAGCAGUGUGUAUCGCGAUGGCACGCCAGUCCCAGACAAGGAAAUCGCGCAUAUGAUGAUCACUCUACUGAUGGCAGGCCAACAUUCCUCGUCUGCCAUCAGCUGUUGGAUUCUUCUUCGACUAGCCUCCCAACCAGAGAUGACAGAGAAGCUGUAUGCAGAACAAGUUCAAAACUUAGGUGCUGAUCUCCCACCACUGCAAUACAAGGAUAUGGACAAGCUGCCAUUGCAUCACAAUGUGAUCAAGGAGACGCUGCGUAUUCACUCCUCUAUCCACACUCUCAUGCGAAAAGUGAAGAACCCGCUUCCUGUGCCAGGUACCGAUUUCGUUGUCCCACCGUCCCACACGCUUCUCUCGUCGCCGGGUGUUACGGCGAGAGAUGAGCGGUAUUUCAGAGAUCCUUUGCGGUGGGAUCCGCAUCGGUGGGAGACUCGGGUUGAGGUCGAGGAUGACACUGAUACCGUUGACUACGGGUAUGGUGCUGUUUCAAAGGGGACGCGUAGUCCAUAUCUGCCCUUUGGCGCAGGCAGACAUCGCUGCAUCGGUGAGAAGUUUGCUUAUCUUAACCUGGGGGUUAUUGUUGCCACGCUUGUGCGAGAGUUCAGGUUCUUCAACCCCGAGGGGAGAGAGGGAGUGCCUGAGACGGAUUAUUCGUCCCUCUUUUCUAGACCUAUUCAGCCCGCGACUGUACGAUGGGAAGUCCGCCCAUAA